ACAGCAGACACGUAUAUGAUCGAUUUUGGGCUAUAUAAAACCUAUCGUAGGGCUUGGGCCAGCGAGAAUGAAAGAUAUUUUGAGCGCGAGAAACCGUUCAAAUGUGAAUACGAAGGCUGUGAUCGACGAUUCGCGAAUUCCUCGGACCGAAAGAAACACUCUCACGUGCAUACCUCCGAUAAACCUUACAAUUGUCGAGUUUCGGGCUGUGAUAAAUCCUACACGCAUCCUUCCUCCCUGCGAAAACACAUGAAAGUGCACGGUUGUUCGGGAAGAUCGCCGCCGCACUACGACAGUGACGGCGAGGAAUCAAAUUCCUCCUCGGCGGGAAGUAUAUCGGUCGCGACUAGUCCGCAAAUUGGACCACAAGUGCCGUGUAGUACUGCUCUUAGUGAAUGGUAUGUGUGCCAGCCGACACCGACACCUACCGACCCACUGGGAGGUCUGGGACACUUCGGACAUGUACACCAUGGUGCCGCCGCCGCAUACUAACAUUAGACCAUCUCUAAAUAAUUUAAACGUUCCGUGCAAUUUUUGAACUUAAAAAAUUUUAAAGAAGAAAACGUGUACUUAUAUGCGAAUUGCUUUGCAAUAAUUAUGUGUUUGAUUUUAAAUGUCCUUAUGUUGGUUUAUGUAAAUCGGAUGACAGCGGCAGUUAUAGAGCGUAAUUUUAGUAUAACACUGGCGCUGCCAUCCAAUUAGUAUACACUAAUAUAACUCAUUUUGUGCCUCUACCAAUUCCUGCUUCCUGUAAUAUACGUUGUACAAACUCUUUUUAUGAAGCUGCUCUACUACGAUAACUAUCAGGGAUCUCUUGUGCUAUCGACUGUACAUAAAUUUUUUUAACAGAUCAGUAUUCUAAUUAGCGACAGGUUCAUACUAAAUCAAAAAUAUUUCUCUUCUACAAAACGGUUACAUAAGGCGAGAUUUAAAAUUCAAAUAAAAUAGAAAGAAAAGGUAUACAAACGAGACUUGUCAACUACAGGGUUCACAAAUUAUUAUGAUAAAUAAGUUAUGGUUGUUGGUUUUUAUGAUUAAAAAUGAGCUAAGUUGUUGCCUGUUUUGGUUCAUUAAUAAUACAAUCCGGUGAGAAACAUCUCCAACCUUGGACUGUUGUGUUAUCCAAAAUAAAAAUUUGUAAAUACCUGUUGAGGCAUACCAUCGCCGACGGUUAUAUUUCAAGUCGAUUUGAAAAUAGUCUUGUUAUUAAUGUAUUUGUAAGAACUGGAGAUUUUUCCUCUACUACAAUCACGUUCAUUCUUAAUCUAGGUAAAAUGCCUUUGAGCAAAUCCGAAAGAGCACUGAUCAUAUGUUAUACAUUGUGUGAUAUAAAAAUUUUAAUAUAAAGUUGUAGAAAAAAGCGUAUUGUAUAAUACUUAUAUGUAUGUAUAUGUAUACUGCAGUGUAUUAUAUGUU